CAAACCUCCUCGCUCCCACACCGUCUUCUUCCCCCUCUUCCUCCUCCUCAAUGGCGCCUCCCGCCGACGGGGACACCCCACCACCUGCUCCGGCGGCCGCAGAGAGCAGCGCCAGCACCGAGGAGGAGUCGCGGUGGCUCGCAGCCCUCUCCGAACCCGAGCUCGAUUUGCUCAUCAGCCUGAAGAUGCUGGCCGUGAAGCGGGCGGAGACGGCCGGCCGCUCCCACCUCGCCGACGCCUUCGAUCUGCGCACCCUGCGGGCCCUCGGUGUUGUUUUGCUGGAAGAUUUCAAACAACGGCUAAGAGAAGAAACCUCACUCAAUGCAACCGGUCUUGAUAAACUUGCGCUGUCGAGGGAUCCUGAUGCGGAUUGUAGCAUCAGUGGUACUAGUAGUGAUUCCGAGGUGUUCAGGCGGCGCAGCAAA